AUCAGCGCCAGAGGCGAAGCAAAAUGCUGGAUGGACACCCCCGGCAGAGACGGCUCUUCUUCUCCUCUUGCUGCGCGAUCCUAGUUCUGCUCUCCUGCGCCCCGGACCUUUCCGCCGCCUACUUCGGGUUGACGGGCAACGAGCCUCUGACCAUCCUCCCUCUGACCACGGAAAUGGAGGAAGCAGCCAUCAAAGCCCACUACAAAGUCUGCGACCGUUUGAAGCUGGAAAAGAAACAGCGCCGGAUGUGUCGGAGAGACCCUGGCGUGGCGGAGACCCUCAUGGAAGCCAUCAGCAUGAGCGCCCUGGAAUGCCAGUACCAGUUCCGCUUCGAGAGGUGGAAUUGCAGCCUGGAAGGCCGCUUCAGAGCCAGCCUGCUGAAGAGAGGGUUUAAGGAAACUGCCUUCCUUUACGCCAUCUCUUCGGCGGGGCUGACCCACGCCAUGGCCAAAGCCUGCAGUGCCGGACGUAUGGAGCGCUGCACUUGCGACGAGGCCCCCGACCUGGAGAACCGCGAAGCGUGGCAGUGGGGCGGAUGUGGGGACAAUCUCAAAUACAGCAACAAGUUUGUUAAAGAGUUCCUUGGGAAGAAGUCCAACAAGGAUCUACGAGCUCGGGUGGAUUUCCACAACAAUUUGGUGGGGAUGAAGGUCAUCAAAGUUGGAGUGGAGACCACUUGUAAAUGCCACGGGGUUUCCGGCUCGUGCACCGUACGGACGUGUUGGCGCCAGCUCUCCCCGUUCCACGAGAUCGGCAAGCAGCUCAAGCAGAAAUAUGAGACGGCCCUCAAAGUGGUGAGCACCACCAACGAGGCCACGGGAGAAGGGGACAUCUCCCCACCCAAGAAGUCCAUCCUGGGACACGGUGACCAGAUCCCCAGAACUACAGAUUUGGUUUAUCUCGACGAUUCCCCGAGCUUUUGCUUAAACAGCCGGUUCUCCUCCGGGACGUCCGGCCGGAAAUGUUACAAAGACAAGAACUGCGACAGCAUCUGCUGCGGACGGGGACACAACAUUCAAAGCCGUGUAGUCACUCGUCCGUGCCAAUGUCAAGUCCGCUGGUGCUGUUACGUGGAGUGCAAGCAGUGUACGCAGAGAGAGGAGGUUUACACGUGCAAGGACUGAAGGAGUUGUGUCCGACGAGCCCCAAUUUCGGGGACGGAUCCUCCUUGCCCCUUUCUUCAAGACAAAAACAAACAAACAAACAAAUCCGGGGACCUCCGGCGAGACGGCCGAGCGCGACCCUGACGUGAUGGAAGCACUUUGAGGGGGUUCCGUGCCUUGCUGACCCUGCCUCUUUCUCAGCAAAGAGAUUUUGGACGCCAGCAUCAAUGGAAGACCCCUU